GGGCUUGGGCGCGCACGGACGGGCGGACACGGAGACAGACGGACGCUGCAGGGACAGACAGUCACGGGGCGGGACUCGAGGGGACACAGUGGGAACAGGCGGGCGGACAGACUUGCAGGGGCACCGGGGACACAUGGACAGACUUGGGGACGUGGACGCUCCUGGGACCAGACAGAUAGACAGGGGGCUGCCCAGUCGGACACAGACAGACUCCCAGGAGCACACGGACAGACAUGGAGCCUGACUGACAGACACGCGCACACAUGGCCAGCUGGGACAGGGCUGACCACCCAGGCGCACAUGGAGACUCACGGGGUGGAUCCCUGGGGAAACACAGACACCUGGACAGACCUGGAGACUUGCAGGGAGGCCACCCCAGCCAUGUCGUCUCGGGAUCACCGUGCUGAGUUCUUCAUCAAGACGGAGCCGGCCUCCCCGGACAGCCUGGCCCAGCGCAGCCCCAGCGGCUCCUCCGAUGCCAGUGGUCCUCCCCAUGACCCCGAGCCAGGGGCACUGACCCGCCGGCGCCAUGACAACAACCCUGAUGAAGUCUUGCCCCGGGGCAAGUAUGUGCUGAGCUCCCUGCCCAAGCGCCUGUGCCUGGUGUGCGGGGACGUGGCCUCGGGGUAUCACUACGGCGUGGCCUCCUGUGAGGCCUGCAAAGCCUUCUUCAAGCGCACUAUACAAGGCAGUAUCGAGUACAGCUGCCCGGCCAGUAACGAAUGCGAGAUCACCAAGCGGCGCCGCAAAGCCUGCCAGGCCUGUCGGUUCACCAAGUGCCUGCGCGUUGGCAUGCUCAAGGAAGGGGUGCGGCUGGACCGUGUGCGAGGGGGACGCCAGAAAUACAAGCGCCGCCCUGAGGUGGAUGGGGCCCCAUUCCCCAACACAUUCGCCACCCCCCAGAUUGCCACAGUGACCAGCAAGAAACCAGCCCCCAUUAACCCCAUGGUGUCCCACCUGCUGGUGGCGGAGCCUGAGAAGCUGUAUGCAAUGCCUGACCCAGCACUGCCCGAUGGGCCCCUCCGUGCCACCAGCGCCCUGUGUGACCUGGCUGACCGCGAGAUCGUCGUCAUCAUUGGCUGGGCUAAGAACAUCCCAGGGUUCCCAGCGCUGUCGCUGGCUGAUCAGAUGAGUGUGCUGCAGAGCGCCUGGCUGGAGGUGCUGGUGCUGGGUGUGGCCUGGCGUUCGCUCCCCUGCGAGGACGAGGUGGUCUUUGCGGAGGACUUUGCGCUGGACGAGGAAGGGGCGCGCGCGGCAGGGCUCUGGGAGCUGAGCGCCGCCCUCCUGCAGCUGGUGCGCAAGUACCGCGCCCUGCGGCUGGAGCGCGAGGAAUACGUGCUGCUCAAGGCCCUGGCACUCGCCAACUCAGACUCGGUGCACAUUGAGGACAUGGCAGCGGUGCAGCGGCUGCGGGACGUGCUGCAUGAGGCCCUGCUGGAGUACGAGGGCAGCCGACGGCCGGAGGAGCCGCGCCGGGCGGGGAAGCUGCUGCUAACGCUGCCCCUGCUGCGCCAGACGGCUGCCCGCGCCCUGCACCACUUCUACGGCAUCAAGCUGGGAGGGAAGGUGCCCAUGCACAAGCUCUUUCUCGAGAUGCUGGAAGCCAUGAUGGACUGAGACAUGCCCCCGCCUCCCCCUCCCCGCCAUGUGGGGGAGACAGAGGCAUGGACCGGGGUGAGGGGCCUGGGGAAAGACACAGACCUGGGGCAGGGAGACAGACACAUAGAUGCGGGAGAAAGGCAGGGUGGAAUGCAGACAGACACGCUGGAGAGACACAAACGGGAGGAGUAGGGGUGGGUGGGGGUGAGGACAGACACAUGGACACUGGGGCAACAGGUGCUGGGAGGACAGACACAGACGCUCUGGCUGUGGGACGGGGGGGAAUGCAUGGGGACAGUAAGGCAGAUAGU